AUGGUAAAAUUCGGCAACUUUGAUAGAAUUUGUCAGGAAAUCGCACUUACUUUAUGUCCUCUUGUUGGCUCUGAAGCAGGUAUAGAGCCAACAUGUUAUUCAAGAAAUAUCGAAAUAGCAGGAAUGUUGAUUUUUCAACCAGCUACAAUUAUUGUACAUGUAAUUGCUCUUGUCAUGACGACCAUUAUGAUUUAUCAUAUAAAAUCAAAAUACACUGCAGUCGGUCGUAAGGAAAUGGUAAUGUUCUUUUAUUUGUAUAUGAUGGUCACUUUUCUAGAAUCAUUGCUUACCUCUGGCAUUAUUCCUACCGCAUCCGAAGCUUAUUCUUAUUUCACUGCUGUGCAUAUUGGUCUUAUCACAACAACAUUUUGGUGUUUAUUAUUUAAUGGCUUUAUAGGAUUUCAAUUUAUUGAAGAUGGCACACCAUUAUCAAUUUGGACAAUUCGUCUUUCAUCGUUAUUUGUUUUUGGAGCUGUCACCCUUUUAGCUGUCGCAACAUUUUCAUCAAAAGUAGGACUAAACCCAUUACACCCUUUUAUCUUAUGGAUAAUAUUAUAUGUAUUUAAUGGUGCAGCACUUGUGAUCUAUAUCGUUCUUCAAAUUCUACUAGUAAUCAAAACCCUUGAAGAUCGUUGGCCACUUGGUGAUAUUUUCUUUGGAGUGUCAUUCUAUGCAAUUGGACAAACUACUCUUUACUUGUUCUCAGUUCGCAUUUGCGAUGCUGCUAAACAUUAUCUUGAUGGAUUAUUUUUUGGAACAGCUUCUACAUUGUUGGCUGUUAUGAUGGUUUACAAAUAUUGGGAUUCCAUCACAAAAGAAGAUCUUGAAUUUUCUGUUGGUAAUAAUCUGCAUGUUUGGGAAGUUAAAGAAUUAAUUGAUGACGAUGAUGAAAUUUCCUAUACAAAAACUGCCGACUACAAACAAGAAAAUGUUAACAAAGGAGAUGGUGAUGUAGAAGUUAUUGUUUCACCCGUAAUUGGUUGA